AAUCGAAUCCAGUGGAGGGAUUGGAAGAGGGGGGUGGAGGACACUGAGUGGAGGCCAGUGGAGGGAUGGCAGGGGGGGGUGGAGGACACUGAGGGAGGGGUGGAGGGAUGGAGAGACACUGAGUGGAGGCCAGUGGAGGGAUUGGCAGAGGGGGGGAGGCCAUGGAGGACACUGAGAGGACACUGGAGGCCAGUGCAGGGAUUGGCAGAGAGGGGUGGAGGACACUGAGUGGAGGCCAGGCAGGGUGGAGGACACUGAAUGGAGGCCAGUGGAGGGAUUGGCAGAGAGGGGGGUGGAGGACACUGAGUGGAGGCCAGUGGAGGGAGAUUGGCAGAGGGGGGUGGAGGAAACGGAGCGGAUGGACUGAAGCGGGAUAGCCAGCGGCGAGGCAGGCCAGUGAGGAGGGAGUUGCAGCAGUUGAGUCAUUGGACUUGGGGCUGGGAGGAUAGGUUGGAGUCCAGAGGCGGGUUUGAUGGUGGCGUUGUUGGAUGCAUGUAUAUGCUUUUAAAUAAAUGUGUGUUUCACCACAGUAAU